AUGUCCGCCACUACCCUGCCCCAAACAAUGAAAGCCCUCCUCCAAGAAGAGAAAAACGGCCCCCUCAUCGCUAAGGAAAUUCCGACACCCGCCCCCGGCCCCGGCUCCGUCGUCGUCAAAAUCGUCGCAAACCUCCUGCAACACCAAACCCCGGGCAUCCUCUCCGGCAAAGCGGGCUUCGCCUACCCCACCCCAAUGAUCCCCGGCGGACGAGCCAUAGGACGAGUCGCAGCUACAGGCCCCGACACCACGUGUCUAUCAGAAGGCCAACUCGUAUUACUCGAGCCCUUCAUCCGCGCCCGCGACGACGCCGAUACUUGGAUUUUCUGGGGAGCAUUGGAAGGCACGAGUGAGGGGUCUAAGAAGCUUUUCGCGGAUAACUGGCGUUAUGCUACGUUUGCGGAGUAUGUGAAGGCGCCAUUGGAAGUCACAUGGGCGCUGGAUGAAAAGAGGCUCUGUGGGGAGUUAGGGUAUACGAUACCGGAGUUGGUGCAGUUGAGUGUUGAUGUCGUGGCGUAUAGUGGGCUCAAGGGGAUUGGGUUGAGGCCUGGGGAGAGACUGGUCGUUACGCCUGCUACGGGGCUCUUUUCGGGUGCUGCUGUAGGCGUGGCGGUUGCGAUGGGCGCGACUGUUUUGGUGACGGGACGGAAUGAGCGAGCGUUGCAACGGCUGGCGGAUGCGCAUCCAAAGCUUGUUUCAAGCGUUCCGAGGACGAAUGAUCUCGAUGUGGAUGUUGAGAAUCUGCAGAAGCAUGGCACUAUAGAUGCGUUUCUCGAGUUCACGCCCACCGGGGCCGAGGGGAGUACGCAUGUUCGUGCUGCUUUUCGCGCGCUCAAGCAGUAUGGACGAGCGUGUAUUAUGGGCUUUGGUGGCGGCGCGAUGAGGGAUGUGGAGAUCUCGAUGUCGGAGGUAGUGUUCAAGAGUAUUACGAUCCAUGGUCAUGCCAUGUACUGGGGUCAAGAUGUGAAAGAGAUGAUCAAGAUGGCUGAAGCAGGAGUGUUGAAGCUUGGAAAAGAAAGAGGUUUUGAUUCGGUGACGGAGUUUAAGAUGGACGACUUUGAGAAAGGCUUCGACUGGGUUGGCGAAAACCAUGAGCUCGGCCAGACGGCGGUUUUAGUCCCGUGA